UACGAGGAUUCACUCCGUCACACGCUCACACGCUCACUACUCUGCUGGCCUGCGCUCACAGUUCCUCGUUCUUUGCUGUGUUUUGACCCGUUCUUCGUCUUCCUGUUGUGCGAGGACGGCAGAGUCGGUGCAUGCGACGAGCGACUGCGCCGGUCCGUCGGGAAGGGGGUCCGCCCUCUCGGAGCUCCAAGGAUGACACCACCCACAUGGUGACACCAGCCACAGGGUGUAGCUCAGAGCUGAAAACAGCCCACCGCACUUUUGGGGGAGUCCAGCGCUGUGAUGGGGAACCCAGAACAUUGUUCCCUCUGAAGGAAAACCCUCUCAACCUCAAUCAAGGCAUUGCAACCUUUAUAUAUCUUUAUAAAUCGUUUUAAACCAAAAGCGAAGCGGUACAAAGGUGAGGCUGAUUACUGGAGGAGUGGAAGGACGUGAUUCACUAACUAAGGUGUGUCCCCAGGAGUAUCUUUGGAAAGUCUGUGAAACUAAAAUGGCGAUUCAGAGGACUUUCUAUGAAGGAUCGGAGCCAAAGCCUUUCUCCAACAUGUGGAUCUAGUUGUACCUGGGAAAGGUCCCGACAAGAAGAUAUUUAUUACGAUGUGUUGGCGUGCCGUUCGCCCGGCGCCCAGCGCGGAACAUUCCUCCAUCACGUGUUAUCAGAACAGGUUUACGACCGGCUUAUCGACCGCACUACAAUAACAAGGCCGUACUCAAACAGCGGCGGAGUCCAGUUCCCCGGGAGUCGUGCCGUGACGGCAUGCUGUACAACGCCACGGUCCCGGGACCACCCGGGAACGCCAGCGACCCCUGGGACGGCCACUGGGAACGGGUCCUGGUCCCGGUGCUGGACGCCCUGGUCCUGGUCCUGGGGCUGUGGGGCCACACCCUGGUGAUGGUGGUCCUAUGCGGGCAGCGGCGGAGACGGGGGGGGUUGGCCCCGGGGGCGGGCUCCUCCCGGGCCACGGGGCCCCUCUCGGGGACCGACGUCCUGCUGGUGGCGCUCAGCGCGGCCGACCUGCUCCUGCUGGCCGUGCUGCCCUUCCACUCGGCCGCCAUGGCCCUGCGCUACUGGCCCUUCGGGGCCCCGCUGUGCCGGCUGGUGGGCUUCGUGGGGGCCGCCUGCGCCUCCGCCAGCUCCUACACGCUGGCCGCGCUGGCCGUGAGCCGCUACCUGACGGUGGUGCGGCCCGCCCUGGCCCACCGGCUGCUCUCCGCCCGCCGGGUGGCGCUGACCGCCGCCCUGCUCUGGGCGCCGGCCUGCGCCCUGGCGGGCCCCCAGCUGGCCUUCCGCUCCGUGGGGGCCCCGGGGCGCGCCGACGGCCAGGCCUGCCUCGUCGUGCUGCCCUACGGCGGGCAGGUGGCGUACGGGCUGAGCUUCUUCCUGCUGUCCUUCCUGCUGCCGCUGGCCACCAUCGCCGCGGCGUACCUGCGCGUCUUCCUGUUCCUGUGGCGGCGGCGGCGGCGGGGGCGGGCCCCGCAGGUGGAGCGCUACCAGAGCCGGGUGACCCAGACCUCGGCCCUGCUGGUGCUGGCCUUCACGCUGUGCUGGCUGCCGUCCUACGGCCUGACGCUGGCGCUGCUGGUGGGGCAGGACGCCGUGGCGACCGGGGCCUCGCCGCGCUACGGGCCCUUCAUGGUGUUCGCCCGCCUGACGGCCACCUCCUCCACCGUGGCCAACCCCGUCCUCUACGUGCUCAUGUCCCGCAAGUUCAGGCAGGAGCUCCUGGGGCUGAUGUGCCGGAGAGGCCGCGGAGGCAGGGGGGCCGUCUCCGUGGCGACGGUGUCCUAGUGACGGGGACAGAGGGGUCGUCUCCGUGGCAACGGUGUCCUAGUGGGAACAGAGGGGCCGCCCCCGUGGCAAAAAUGUCCUAGUGACGGGGACAGAGGGACAGUCUCCGUGGCAACGGUGUCCUGGCAGAGCGGACAUAGGGGCCGUCUCCGUGGCAACGGUGUCCUAUUGGGGACAGAGGGCCCGUCUCCGGGGUCCUUGCGGCGUUCCCAUGAUGCAGCAGCCCUGAUCCGAGUCUGGGAGGGAGCGUUUAAAACCCGAUAAAGGUGAUGAGGGGCACUCUCUGCACUGCUGGCUCAAUGGGCUGAUAAUAAACGACAGGUGUGCCAAGUGGACAUGACACGCUAUUUAUUUAUCUGUGAUUUGAUUUGCCGGGCUCUCCCCAACGACAGCAGGCAGCAUUAAGCUCAUCCAUCAGCAAGCACUUUGGGUUUAAUGAUCUGGCAGAGAAACUCAGAUUGGACCAUUAAAAGGUCUUCACUGAAGGACCUUUCUGAGGGUCAGGGAUAAAACCUCUUUUACAAUCUGCAGAAGUGUGUAAGCAGAGACACUCGGGGUGAAACAUUAACGCAGCGUCAGUUUCUGUUGUCGAGAAAUAAAAUAAAGUGAAAGCAAA